UAACCCUCCGCUCGUCGCCAUUUUCUCAUUUCUUCCCUUUCUUUGCUUUUCCCUGAAAAAACAAAGCGAAGGAGAGAGAAAAUGAGAGAGAUCCUCCAUAUCCAAGGCGGUCAAUGCGGAAACCAGAUCGGCGCCAAGUUCUGGGAAGUGAUCUGCGGAGAGCACGGAAUCGACCACACGGGGCAAUACGUCGGCGACUCACCUCUCCAGCUCGAACGCAUCGAUGUGUAUUUCAACGAGGCGAGCGGCGGAAAGUACGUCCCACGCGCCGUUCUCAUGGAUCUGGAGCCUGGCACAAUGGAUUCCCUCAGAUCUGGACCGUACGGUCAGAUCUUCCGCCCCGAUAACUUCGUGUUCGGGCAGUCCGGCGCCGGGAACAACUGGGCUAAAGGUCACUACACGGAAGGCGCGGAGUUGAUCGAUUCGGUCCUUGAUGUUGUGAGGAAGGAGGCUGAGAACAGCGAUUGUCUCCAAGGUUUCCAGGUUUGUCAUUCAUUGGGAGGAGGAACUGGAUCUGGGAUGGGAACGCUUCUGAUCUCUAAGAUAAGAGAGGAGUAUCCAGACCGUAUGAUGAUGACCUUCUCUGUGUUUCCUUCUCCUAAGGUCUCUGACACUGUUGUUGAGCCUUACAAUGCAACGCUCUCUGUCCAUCAGCUUGUUGAGAACGCUGACGAGUGUAUGGUUUUGGACAAUAAGGCUCUCUACGAUAUCUGCUUCCGUACACUCAAGCUUGCUAAUCCCACUUUUGGUGACCUUAACCACCUCAUCUCGGCUACAAUGAGUGGUGUCACAUGCUGUCUUCGUUUCCCUGGUCAACUCAACUCUGACCUUAGGAAGCUUGCUGUGAACCUCAUCCCUUUCCCCAGGCUCCACUUCUUCAUGGUGGGUUUCGCUCCGUUGACGUCGAGAGGAUCGCAGCAGUACAGUGCCUUGAGUGUCCCUGAACUCACCCAGCAGAUGUGGGAUGCAAAGAACAUGAUGUGCGCUGCUGACCCUCGUCACGGACGUUACCUAACCGCAUCCGCUGUGUUCCGUGGGAAGCUGAGCACUAAGGAGGUGGAUGAGCAGAUGAUGAACAUUCAGAACAAGAACUCGUCCUACUUUGUGGAGUGGAUCCCGAACAAUGUCAAGUCCAGCGUCUGUGAUAUUGCGCCGACGGGUUUGAAAAUGGCCUCGACUUUCAUCGGGAACUCGACUUCGAUCCAGGAGAUGUUUAGGCGUGUGAGCGAACAGUUCACUGCUAUGUUCAGGAGAAAGGCUUUCCUUCAUUGGUACACAGGAGAAGGAAUGGACGAGAUGGAGUUCACGGAAGCAGAGAGUAACAUGAACGAUCUUGUUGCAGAGUAUCAGCAGUACCAGGAUGCUACGGCCGACGGUGAAGAGGAGUAUGAAGAGGAAGAAGAGGAGUACGAUGAGGCUUGAGAUGUUGUUGGUCAAUGGCUUCCGUCUUGACUCAUAAGCUGUGGAUUUCUUCUUUCUAAAUUUCUUCUUUAAAUAUCUGUCCAGUUAAUGUUUGCUUUGUUCCUUUACUCGUGUUCUGGAUUUGUUAAACGUUUGCGUGCAUUGGUUUAUUGUUUUUGUCCAGUGAAAAAUAUUAUUGCUUUUGUUCUUUUAA